AUGACGUGGCAGGAAGUACGCUGUGGAGGAGAUCUACCAGAUGCUCGUUACGGGCAUUCGUGCCACCUAGUUGGCUCGCGGAUGUUCAUCGUUGGUGGAAAAGGGCGAAGCGGGCAGCUGUACAGGGAUGUGCAUUUCUUGGACCUUGUUGAUUGGACAUGGGUUGCAGUAAACGCUACCUCUACUGGGCCAUCUCCGAGAUUUUGGCAGGCAUCUGUUUUGGUUGGCCACAAGAUUGUCGUCCACGGCGGCUGGAAUGGUUCGAAUCACUGUUACGAAGACCUCUGGGUGUUCGACACAGAUUCGUUUGCUUGGAUGCAACCGAGGACAGGAGGACUACCACCGACAGCAAGGUAUGGGCACGCAAUGGUGCUCCUUCCUGAUGGAAGAAUACUGUUGUCUGGAGGAGCAACUAUAGACGAGAAGUGUGUGCCCGUUUACCACAAGGACUUGAGGCAACUAGACACGGAAACCAUGCUCUGGUCCAAGGCGAAAACUACUGGUGGUAUUCGGAUCUCAUCGCGGUGUAAUCACACGCUGACGUCUGACGAAGAAGGGCGGGCGGCACUCCUCUUUGGCGGGUGGGGUCUGGGCGGUCUUCAACACCACGAAAACAACAAGCGGGCUGGGGCGGUGACGCUUGCCGCUUGCAGCAUGCUUCCACAUGAAGCAGUGUCGACCAACCUUCCACUUCUAAGAGGCCGCGGGGAGCCAGAACACAAGUACGGUCACACGUGCGUUUCAGUGGGCAACGCAUUCUUCGUCUUCGGGGGAUGGAAUGGUCAGCAAGCUUGCAACGAGAUUGUAGUUUUCGAGCUGGAGUCAGGUUGA